AUGGUUACUGAACCCUGUGACCGCGGGCCGCCCUGGCCGCCGCUUCGAGUAGUGGAGGACCUGAGAGCGGUCCCCCGGGGCCUCCCUCCGGGCAACUUCCUGGCUCUGCCACCGCGGACAGCUAUCCAGUCAGUUCGCUGCUAUUCUCAUGGGUCACAUGAGACAGAUGAGGAGUUUGAUGCUCGCUGGGUAACAUACUUCAACAAGCCAGAUAUAGAUGCCUGGGAAUUGCGUAAAGGGAUAAACACACUUGUUACCUAUGAUCUGGUUCCAGAGCCCAAAAUCAUUGAUGCUGCUUUGCGGGCAUGCAGACGGUUAAAUGAUUUUGCUAGUACAGUUCGUAUCCUAGAGGCUGUUAAGGACAAAGCAGGACCUCAUAAGGAAAUCUACCCCUAUGUCAUCCAGGAACUUAGACCAACUUUAAAUGAACUGGGAAUCUCCACUCCGGAGGAACUGGGCCUUGACAAAGUGUAAACCCCAUGGAUGGGCUUCCCCACGGAUUUAUUGACACUGCUACUUGAGUGUGAACAGUUACCUGGAAAUACUGAUGAUAACAUAUUACCUUAUUUGAACAAGUUUUCCUUUAUUGAGUACCAAGCCAUGUAAUGGUAACUUGGACUUUAAUAAAAGGGAAAUGAGUUUGAACUGAAA